AGUAAUGGUGGAAAUUAAAGAUUUUCCUUUCUUCUUUUAUGGAUCGUAAACGUGACAAAUCAAUGUUAUGAUGUAAGGGGAAUUGUUUUUUUAAUGGCUUGCUUUAAUGGUGAGAUAGCGUCUACAUUUCCAAGUGGAAGAUGGGAGGAAUUUUGCAAGGAUCGAGCCGACAACGCAGCCAAAGCUUUUUCACGUGAAUUCCUUCAGUUUCUCAACGAUAACCCUGUUUAUGAUGUCUCAGGGGCUUCGUACACCUUUUCGAAGCGUUUUGUUGAGUAUUUUCUCGAGUGUUUUAAUCAAGAAGUUCAUAAAAAUUGUUUAAUGGAUGAUAUCUUCGAACCGGAAUCACCGACCGAAGUUUUUGGUCCCGAUGAUUGGGGGUCGAACACGCAUUUGACAAGCAAUUUCAAACAUUUAGCGCCGGAGAAAAAGGACCGAGAAAAUGCUUUUAGUUUUAUGCGAAAGCUUCGAGAUGUCAAGGAUUUGUUCAAACGCUCUGUCGACGAAACUACGACUGCAAAGACGACGACGGCCGACAAUCGAGUUACAUCCCCUUCGGCAAAUGAUGAUCACCAAGGUCAACCGAUCGAAAAGAUUAAACCACUUUCCAGUACUAUUCGAAAGGAAGCAGUUAUGAAUUAUCUCAUGAAUUUAGACCAAGGAGUUGAUACAGAAGAUUUCUUCUGGCAGAAAUGCAGAGUCGUGAUACUAAARGCACCAGGGGGCUACAUGUUGGAGUUCUACUGUCCUCCUAAGUCACCUAAACCAAAGAAUGGCAUAUUUUGUUUUUUAAUUCACGAAGUCCGUCCUGCAACUGAACUGGAGAUGCCAAUGGGACAGAAUGUYUUUGUCAUCAAAGCUGUAAAUAAAAGGGAAUAUAUGUUAGCAGCAAAUGACAAAGAAGAAAUGGAUGCAUGGCUUAGCGAGCUCCAUUCAUGUAUUGAGGAGGAUCAAGGCUCAUCCUCCGUUCCUAGUACUCCAACAACUGCAGCUCCUAACCAAGAACUGACUUUAACGCAUGCGCCAGCUUCUACUCCACCUGGAUCAAGAAAAGGCAGACAGUCUUUGCACUUGAACCUACAAAAUACAACAGCUACUACUGGGUCAACUACAGAUUCAGAAAGUAGACAACCAAAAAAGAGAACUCCUUUAAGUCCUGGGUUUCGCCAGUCAUCCCUUAGGACUUUUAACAGACCACCGCCUUUGGAAAGCCCAAUUGAGCCCAUCAACAGAGGUCCACCUCCUGAAUUACCCCCGCGUUCUCCAACCAGUACUGAUUCGCCAUCAUUAGCAAUGAAUCCUCUUCCUCCUCAACUGGGACAAAUUCACAAUGAUGAAGAAUCACAGUCAGAAGARCCUCCUGUUUGGGUGUCAGCGUCAGGGCAUAACCAUCCCUUAGCGAACUAUCCCUGGUUUCAUGGUACUCUGUCAAGACUUGAUGCUUCCCAUCUGGUCUCACAGGGAAGUCAGCAAUGGCAUGGAAUAUUCUUGAUACGGCAAAGCGAAACAAGACAUGGGGAAUAUGUUUUAACAUUUAACUAUCAAGGAAGAGCCAAGCAUUUACGACUAUCUCUUAACGCCGAGGGACAAUGCCGGGUUCAGCAUCUUUGGUUUCAGAGUAUAUUUGAAAUGCUGGAACAUUUCCGUGCKAAUCCCAUUCCUCUUGAAAGUGGCGGACCUUCCGAUGUGAUGUUAACWAAUUUUGUAGUUGGCAGCAGCAACAGUACAUCGUCAACGCAGACCCUCCCAGCCCAUCAACGCCAAAAUAGCGGUGGAGAGGGCUUACGUCGAUCGUAUAGUGUCCAAGCAAACCGCAUAAACCGGCCGGCCGUAAUACAGGGUGGCUCCGUACGAGCAACUGUAGAAAGCAAUGACCAGAAUCAAAAUUCUCGAGCAGUAGAUAAUCCUUAUGCGUACGUAUAGAAUGCGUAAACAGAUUAUUUUAUAUUUAUAUUUUUGCUACAAAAAAUUAGUGAAUGGCAACUAGUCUGGAUCUGAUUCAGGGAAUUCAAUUGUAAAAAGUCUAUUGUGAAUAUCUUUAUUUUGUGAAUAGAAAAUCUUUAGAAAAUCUAGAAUUUUUUUUUAGAAAAUAUGCUAUUUUCUUCGAGGAAGCUUGUUGCUUGUUGCUUGAAGCUUGUUACUUGUUGCUCUUUGAUUUUUUUGUAUUUUUUCUGUUGAUAGAAGAUAAUGCAUAAUAUUAGCAAAGACUUCAAAAAUUCACUUCAUUUAAUUGUUUUUACUUUGCCUUUUUAGCUAUUUGAAUUUUUUAAAGAGAACUGUGUUUACUGUGACAGUAUUUUCAAUCAAACUGCUAAAUUGUAAAACUCUGUUAAACGGUCAUCAAGACUAGAGGUGACCGCUUUUGAGAGCUUGGCCGUUAAAUAUAGGUCACGUUUAGCUUUGAAUACAUAAGAGAAGUGACUUUUGGGAAAUUGAAUAGUGGCCGGUUAAUGGAUGUUGACUGGUUGCUAAAUAGAGGCUCUAUUGCAAUACGUGGUAGGGCUAACUCCUUUGUUUUCUUUUCCCUGGAGGAUUGAAAACAAAAGAGUUUGGCUGGCUCUACACCUAGGGUCACCCUAUCUCGUGUAAACAGGGACUAAUAGUCAAUAUAAAGUCUUUUUAUAACUGCAWUUUUUUAGAAAUUUUAUGUCAGUGYUCUUAUUUCCCCAUAUGACUGUCACUUGUAUUGUGAUAAGCGUCCAGUUUUGUAUAGAAACAUAAAGUUUGUAGUUAAACAAUCAUAGCUUCUUCGAAACUGCAUGCGUGCGGCGUAUAUGGUUUACAACGAAACCGAAAACGAUGACGAAUGAUUUUGGAAACGCUUAAAAAUGAAAUAUUUUUCAAAACCGCGUUUUGAAAACCACGACGCAUCUAAACGUAUACAGCUAUUUCAAAAAACGUUGUCGGGGAGAACGGCGAACAGCGAUUGUUGAAGGGAGAUUGCACGACCGAAAGGAACUAUGGUUACACUGUUUUGAUAAACAAAAUUUGACUUAUUGGAUUCACCUUACAUAGAAAUGGAGACUAAAUGGAGCCAUUGUUUACCAGAGACCAUCUUACAGUAUAAAUCAGUUGUUAUUGCAUUGAAACUAGUAAAGCCCAUGUGGCUACUUUCGGUCGUGCAAUCGCCGUUCGACCAUUGACAUUCGACAUUUUAUCCGACAACCUUUUUUGAAAUAAUUAUAUGCGGUUAAAAUAGUAUCUCCGGAUACGCUAAAGGGCUACAGCCAACCGGCAUGUACCACGGUAAUUACCGGAUUUAUACAAAUUUCAGUCCGUUUUAAAUCAAGUCGGGUAUUCUUGUACUAAAAGAAUACAUUAUGAUGUUUCGAUUCGGAGACUAUACUAUGAAUAUUAAGACUUUAGUUUGAAUUUUCCAAAUCUCAUGACCAAAGUGUUCACGGUUGGUCCUUAUAAAGGCAGGUUUAUACUUGCGAUGUUUGCAGAGCGAUUGUUGCACGAUAAUCUCCAUUUUGCUAUCGCGCAACUCAAAUCGGACGUGCAAACAGCCAAACGCCGUGAAGUUGAAGCUAAAUUUCAAGAACGUUCGAAACUCAUGGUCGCGCAACAAUCGCGAUACCAAAAAACGCAAGUGUAAACUGGCCUUUAACAACAGAUAUUUAAAUCUAAAAUGUAUUGAAUUUUUGACAAUUCGUGAAUAAAGUAGCCAAGAAACAAUC